GUUUGGAAAGAACAAAUCUUUUGCUCGUUUACCCUAAAAAAUUUUUCGUUGUGAAAUAUCAAAAACAAAUACUAAAGUACACUUUGUGGAGCAAAAAAGCGCAACGCGUUCCGAUAGUCCUACAAAAUUUGCUGUUGCUUCAACUUCGCACGCUCCUUUGCUCAACAUGUGUUGCAAACUUGCAAAUUUGUUCAAUUGUUGAUACAAAAAGUAUCCUCAGUGCAACACAUCUUCAAACGAUUUCAGUUUUUCCGGCAAUCAGAAAAAUUUUUCAUCCUUAAGUGGCAGAUAUAAGAAAUUUCCUCCAAACGUAUACAACCCAAAAAAGAAAUUAUGAAACGCCUGAAACUAGAUACAAAUUUAAGGCUUGAUCUUAAAGCUAUAUUAGACGAUGAAUACAUAAAUGAAAUACCUUUUGUGGAUGUCUAUAUUGUCGAAAUAAAUGAUAAGAGGCUGAUAUCGGAAAUUUUGCAGAGAUUGUCUGUCUUACUACCUCUAAACGAUUUGCAACAUUUAAAACGUGUAAAUGGAAACAGAAUAAUAAUAUGUAAAUCCGAGCACUUAAGCAAGCAUCGUGAAACCUUUGAAGCAAUGAAAGAAUUAUUGCCAAUACGGGGACAAAUUUUAAAAGUGCCGGCUCUAGCACCAAGACUGCGUUGUCAAUACCGGGCAGCAAACAAUUCGUGGCCGUGCAAAUUUCAUAAUGAUAAAUAUUUAGAACAGCGAUAUGAAGGUACAAAUUUUAAUAGUAAAGAACGAGAAUUUCAUCUACAAGUAGCAAAUUUUUUAAAGGAACUUUCAAAACAUCUCAAGGAAUGCGUAGCUGUUUGCAUAGAUCCUCGCUUUGAAAGCGUCGUAGCUGUAGCUAGCAGCGGCCGAGACUUAAAUCCUAUAAUGCAUGCUGCUUUGAUAUUAAUCGAUUAUGUGGCUCAAUCACAAGAAAGUGGUGCUUGGAAAGGAAAAUACUUCAAGGAGGAAAUGUUUCCAGCGGAUGAUUUAAAUUUAAAUUCGUGUUUACGCGGUAUACCUAAACGUAUUAUUGAAUUUUUAAAAAAUAGUGAAGAGUUUUGUAAUCUUAAAAUAGGCGCCGAACGGCCAAGAAAGAAAGAUCAUUUGCAAAAUAUGCCGACAGAUUUCUCUGAUAAUUUAGCGAAAUUUGGCCCAUAUUUAUGUACCGGUUACGACGUUUACCUUAGCCAAGAACCUUGCCUUAUGUGUUCUAUGGCUUUACUGCACAGUCGCGUUAAACGCAUUUUUUUCCUUCACGAAAGUAAUAAUGGGAGUUUAAAAACUCAUUUCAAAUUGCAACAAGUAAAGGAUUUAAAUCAUCAUUAUGAAGUGUAUCAAUUUGUUGCAGAAAUCUAAACUAAUAAAGUUAAUUUCUUAAGUUCAUUUUACUCUUAA